AUGACGGAGAAACGAGACAUCGAGGCGUCCACGCCGCCAGCCUACGAAGUCCCCAGCAACGAGCUGGAAAAGGACAGGACCACGGAGGGUGUUGAGUCCCUGGGAGGUGUCGGCCAGGGUGAGGAGUUUGGCUAUGUGGCGCGCGGCCUCAAGUCCCGUCACAUCCAAUUCAUCGCUCUUGGUGGCACUAUUGGCACCGGCCUCUUCCUCGGCAUCGGCUCUGCUUUUACGCGCGCCGGUCCCCUCUCUGUCGUGCUUGGCUACUCCUUCACCGGCAUCGCCGUCUACGCCAUGAUGCAGUGCCUCGGCGAGAUGGCCACCUGGCUGCCGCUGCCUGGUGCCAUUCCUCAGUUCUGCGCACGCUACGUCGAUGAGGCCCUCGGCUUUGCCGUCGGCUGGAACAACUGGUACUCGGCAUCCAUCACUAUCUGCGCUGAAGUCUCGGCUGCCUCUGUCGUGAUCGGCUACUGGCCUGGAGCUGAACACGUCAACGUCGCCGCCUGGAUCAGCCUCAUCCUCGUCCUCGUUCUGCUGCUCAACAUCUUUGCCGUCGCCAUCUACGGCGAGGCCGAGUUUAUCUUCGCCUCCAUCAAGAUCAUCACCAUCGUCGGCCUUCUCAUCAUGGCCUUUAUCGUCAUGCUCGGCGGAAAUCCCCACCACCAGCGCGUCGGCUUCUACUACUGGCAGCACCCCGGUGCCAUGAAGGAGUACGACGGCAAGGGUGACACCGGCCGCUUCCUCGGUCUCUUCUCCACCCUCGUCAAUGCCGCCUUCUCCUACGGAGGCGUCGAGGUCGUCGCCGUCGCUGCCGGUGAGGCCGAAAACCCCCGCAAGAACAUCCCCAAGGCCGUCCAGCGGGUCUUCUGGCGCAUCCUCUUUUUUUACGUCCUCGGCUCCCUCGCCAUCAGCGUCCUCGUCGCCUCCAACGACCCCCGCCUGCUGUCUGCCCAGGCCACCGGUGCCGCUGGUGCUGCUGCCUCGCCGUGGGUCAUCGGAAUCCAGAACGCUGGCAUCAAGGUCCUGCCGUCCAUCAUCAAUGCCGUCAUCCUCACUUCCGCUUCCUCCUCGGCUAACGCCUUCCUCUACACCGGCUCGCGUUAUCUCUACGCCCUGGCCCAGAACCACCAGGCCCCCAAGAUCUUCCUGACCUGCUCGCGUCGUGGCGUGCCCUACUAUGCUGUCGGUGCCACCGCCAUCAUCGGCCUGCUGACCUACCUCUCUGUCGGUCACGGUGGCGCCGCUCAGGCAUUCAACUGGUUCCAGAACCUGACCACCGUCGCCGGCUUGUUUACCUGGUGCUCCAUCUGCGUCUGCUACAUCCGCUUCUACGCCGCGCUCCAGGCCCAGGGCGUUGACCGCAACACCCUCGUCUUCAAGAGCCCCUUCCAGCCAUACCUGGCCUGGGGAGCGCUCAUCUACUUUUCCGUCAUCAUCUUCUUUAGCGGCUUCAACGUCUUUGUUCAUGGCAACUGGGACACUAGCGACUUUGUUGCUGCCUACAUCGGCAUCCCCAUCUUCUUCGGCCUGUAUCUCUUCUGGAAGAUCGUCAAGCACACUCCGUGCAAGACGCCCAUGCAGGCUGACUUGUUCACCGGCAAAGCUGCGCUGGAUGCUGAGGAUGAACACUGGCCGGAGCAGAUUCCCCGCAACUGGGUGGAGAGAGUGUGGUUCUGGAUUGCGUAG